AUGUCAAAUGAAGACGACAGCAGAUCGCUUGAGCAGAGACCUGUGAGAGACAUGCAGGCCUUGCUGAAGUUUUGUUUGGAAGCAACCAGGCGUGAGGAUGCUCCAAAUGAGUCCUCAUUUGAGCCAAUGACCGAAGAAAGAAGGAAAUGGUUAGAGGAUGCAUUGAAUGCCAUGACUGUCAACCCGAUAGAGCGUGUGAUCUUGUGCUUGACAAUGAUCGAGGAAGCGGAACCUGAUACAGAGGCUGGCACUGAGCAGCAGAUCCGUGCUCUUUCUGAGCUCCAAGAUUGGGUUGAAGACAUCGAUAUAGCCGGAGAUUUGAUCAAGAUCAAUGGGCUUCGAGUGAUACCCAAACUGCUGAGCAGCGAAGUGAGUGAAAUACGCUGGAGAUGUCUGGAACUUCUGGGCAACCUGGUGCAGAACAACCCUGUAGCACAGGCGGCUGUGCUUUCUUUAAAACUCCUGGCGCCUUUACUGUUGAUGGUGGAAACCGACCCCAAUCCUACGGUGAGAGUGAAGGCACUGUAUGCUAUCUCAUGCUUGAUUCGCAGCUAUGCACACGCCCUGCAGCAGUUUAUGGCACAUGAUGGCCUCUCUGUACUGGUGAAGGCCACCACCAGCGAUAAUGACAGGCUUCGGGUGAAAGCCACGUUUCUGCUGUCCACCAUUUGUAGCUCCAACCCAGCACUUAGAGAUGCUCUUGUAGCCAGGGGAACUGUAGAGCAACUAUUACACAUUCUCAAAGAUGAAGAACACAACCCCACACAUGAACACAUCAUGUCUGCUUUAGUCAACUUGACCUCCAACCAUGCUCCAGCCAAGGAGAGGUGUCUCGGUGUGGACUUUGAUCUGAGAACUUUCUUGUGCCAGAGAAUCCGGUUCCUGGAGGACAAGGCACCGUUUCAGGAAGAAAAGGAGUAUGCAGAGAAGUUGCUGGAGAUACUCAAUACAAAUCAAGUCAGCGAGUCAUCUCCACCGGAAUCUAACAAACCUUUGGCACUGAUGCCAAUUUGA